AUGUAUCCAUUUGAUCGACUUCGUGAGCAAACCUACAUGAAACCAUGUGAAUCUGCAAUACCACGUCUGAUUGUAAUCGAUGGUAGUAAUAUCGCUCGCAGUUCCUGUGGAACUGAUCGUGAAGAUUUGGAUGUAGUUGUGUUCUUACCAGUAAUUUACAACAAUAAUUACAAUUUCAACGCAACAAAUGCACAAGUUCUUCCGAAAUUACGAAAUUUGGAUGUACUAACAUUCACCCCUGCUCGCGCUGCACGUUCCGGUAGGUCAGCAUUCAUUAAUUAUGAUGACUUGUAUAUCCUGGAAUUUGCGGAACGUCACGGAGGGAAUGUAUUAUCUGGUGAUCGAUUUUACGACAUAGCCAAAGAAUAUACAUAUCGCGAUUAUCGUCAAAUUAUUAAAGAACGUCGAAUAGAUGUAAUCUUCCGUCCACUGGAUGCUGAUUUUGUUGAAUAUGGAAGGGAUCGUUUCUUUCGUUUCCUUCCUGAACUUCGUGUCUUACGUAUAAAUGGUAUCAACAGUAGUUUGUCUGCUGAUGAACGAAUGCAGCGACGUUUAUACUGCCUACCAAGCGACAAAGAUUACAAUAAGGUUGUUCGACGUCGGGAAUUUUGGACAUCCAAAAGACGUGAUGAGAUUGUCAGCGCAAUCGAUGUGUUGCUGGAUGAAAUUGCGACAAAGAAUUGUUUGGUUCCGAAAAUAAUACCUGUUCAAAUACCAUCGUCCUCAAAAACUGAGGUGAUAGAAAUUAAAAACUCUUCACUUUAG